CUAUGUUCUGUUAGCUUCCACAAAGAGUGCAUCGAGCCGAUAUCAAAGCACCCAUAUCAUCCUAAACAUUCUCUUCGGCUUUUUCAACGUAUUAAUGGUUUUUACUCAAGAAAGAGAUGCUUAUGCUGUUUAAACUAUACUUAUCGGCAAUACGUUUGCUCUAUAUGCGAUUUUACUAUAUGUGAUGACUGUGCCAGAGAGCUAUUAGAGAUAAGCAAAAUGUAGCCACCACUCCUUGAAAUAGAUAAUCCAAAAAGGCAUGAACAUACGCUCUUCUACUUUCCUAGAAAAGGCUCACCGAUUUGUGACGUUUGUGCUUUGAGUAAUCAUAGGUCUUUGAUGUAUUCAUGUUCUCGAUGUGAUUUUCUAACCCACAAAGAUUAUGUCGACAUGCCAUGGAUCAUAAGAAUAUCGCGUCAUGAACACCGGCGCCUCUCUUUCAACUCUUUGCUGACUCCUGAGAAAUGGCUUUGUGGAGUGUGUCAUGGAAAGAUAGACACAAAUUAUGGAAGAUAUACAUGCAUGAAGGGUUGCAGUUUCGGGGUUCAUUCUAAAUGUGCAACACGAAAAUAUGUAUGGGACGGAAAAGAACUUGAGAGAAAACCAGAAGAUACAUAUGAUGAUAUCUGGUCGUUCACAGGGAUCCGCCACUGGUCGUUCAAUGAGGUAAGUGAUGGAAUUAUACAACAUUUCAGUCAUCAAAAUCAUCACAUGAGACUCGACGAGGAGACCAAUAGAGAAUUUGACAAGAACAAACGUUGUCAAGCAUGUACACUUCCUAUCUGUGAUAUUAUUUACAAUUGUAUGCAGUGUGAUUUCAUUCUCCAUCAGGAAUGUGCACAUCUUCCUCGGAAGAAACAUCAUGCGACACAUCCUCAUCUCCUUAGUUUACAAGUGGAUCAUCAAGAAGAUUCAUUCAAAUGUAUAGCUUGUAAGCGUCCAAGCAAUGGGUUCACAUACUCGUGUUCUGAAGGGGAUUGUGAUUAUAUGGCGUUCACAUUGAAUUCUGAUGAAUCUUAUAAGUUAGACGUAUGUUGCGCUUCUAUAGAUGAGCCAUUAGAUCAUCGGUGUCAUCCACAUCCCUUGUUUCUGACAUUUAAACCCCUAUCUGAAGAAAUCUGCUCGAUUUGCAAAACAUUCCGAGGUUAUCGUCUAAACUGUGGAGAAUGUGGUUUUAUUUUGUGCUUUAGAUGUGCCACUUUACCCAAUAAGUUGAGGUACAAACAUGAUGACCAUUUUCUCACCUUUUCUUCUGAUAAAGAGGCAAGUGGUCAGUAUUGGUGUGAUGUUUGUGAAAAAGAUGCAAAUCCCAAGUCUGGAAUUUAUAUGUGCAAUGACUGCAACGUCAUAGUUCAUAUCAAAUGUUUACUUGGAGAGGACGACAUGUAUAUGAUGCCUGGUGGAAAAAUCAAAUUAGAUGAAAUAAAUUUUGACAUUCUUCCCAAUAAUCGUCUUACUCGCAACAGAUGCUAUGAAUGCGAUAAUUGGUGUGAGGGGAAAAUAGUCUUCAAAACAGAGAGACACAUAGUGUGUUAUGACUGUCUAGGUCGCCUACGUUAGUACUGUUAAAACUGAG